CGAUCAUACGCCAUGAAGCGGCGUGGAUGGAAUGAGAGUGCGCUUCCGACGCCGUCGCGGCCGCGUAGUGCACGCCGCAAGCCCGAAUGGAACUCGUAUCUGACGGACGACUCGCAGUACAAGCUGAACCAGCAGCAAGAGCUUCAGCGCGCGUUGCAGCAGCUGAGCACGGCGCAUUUUUCAGCCCGCAGUCCUGCCGCAUCUGCUUCUAGGCGGCGACUCAAGGCCGCAAGCGCCCAUAGCUCCGCGUGGAGCACGCCACAAGACUCAGAGAAGGCCAUAGAACGACCCACUCGACUAGCGGAUGUGGAGGACACGGGGGAGCUCAAUACGCAGCGACGGCUGCAGUUCGCAGACGUUUCUAUGGAUCUCGAGGAGCCCACGCCUCGACGCAGAGCAGGAAAGGCCAAUACAGUGUCUUUCCAAGAGGGAAGAAUGGAUCCAGAGCAUAAAGCCACUCUACAGACAGAGCUGGAGGUGCUGGAGAGGAUGUUGUGGCAGUUAGAGACCGAAACGGAGAGACGCAGUUGGCAGAGCCCACAGAAGAGGAGCAAAUCGCCCAGAGUGGCGAGGACUGGGUCAGCGACGAAGUUGAAGGAGGAAGAAGCGCAGGAAAGAGAAGAGAUUGAGCCGGAGAGAGAAGAAGAAGAAGAUCAGGAAGAGUAUGGAGAGGAGGCGGACGCAGAGACUCGACUUGGAGAUGUGUGCUAUAAAUCGCUGGAGAUCGGCCUGGAGCUGGCUCGCAGAGUGGAUUCGCUGAAGAAGGAGGUCGAUAGUGAACGGAGGCUACGUGAAGAUCGAGAGCUGAAAAUCGAGAUGUUGGAGCAAGAAGUGCGCUCUACACAAGCCAAAUGCAACUACCUCGAGGCAAAGUACCAGAAUAUGGUGUCGCAAGUUGAUGGAAUGCGAGAGGCUGUUAUUGCCACCGAAGAGGCCAUUCACCGAAUGACAGCAGCGCUCGAGUAUUCACAACGCCGACGCGGUAAGACGUCAAACCCGCCGACACCUAGCAAACCAGGAGUUUCUCGAUCUGCUCCCCCGAGCGAUGCUAAGGUGUCGAAGAAAGCUUCAACGCCGAAGAAACGAAGCAAAACGGUGGAGCAGCAGGAAAACUGGACACCCAAUGGCCAGCAACAAAACUAAGCAUCAACUUUAACUUCUGGAUCGAUUGCCUUGGACGGGCAAGUCUGAAACGUCGGAUUAAACGGAGUUUUGUAGAUUUAUUCAUUAGCUCCAAGUUUUAAAGACAAGGCCAAGUGGAAAUUGUGGAUUUACACAGGUUACGACACUGAAAAUGAACGGAGACUAGCGCUUCCAGAGAUUGUGCUGCUUUGCGCAUUACAUCGAAUGGCGAGGUGCUCGAUCUGAGCGAAUGGCAGCGAAUGCGUCGAUGCCGUUUUGAUCGCUGAGAAGAUCGAUUAGUGGCGAAGCGAGCGGCGCGCCGACUGUUGCGUGGCCGACUGCUGCGUGGUGGACUCAUCCGAGCUGGUCGAUGAGGUACCCGAGGACGCCGUCGUCGUGGUCGACACGCCAGUCUUGCCGGUGCUGGUAGUCGUGGACGAAGUAGUGUCCGACGUGGCCGAAGAAGUUGAUGGAGCUGCAGUCGUCGCUACUGGGGCUGUGGUGGCCGGCAACGUGGUGGUGGGUGCCGGAGUUGCUGGAGCAGUGGUAGCCGACGUCGCAGUCUCUGAGGUCGAGGACGUUGCCGACGAAAUCGUAUCGGUCGUUGGAGCACUCGUGGCAGUCGGCACACCAGUCUUGCCUGAAUUGGUUUCCGUGGCGGAAUUUCCGGUCGUCGGGCUGUUGGUGAUCUCGAUCCACGUUCCCGAUGACGUCGCUAGAGCGGUGUCGGACGAGCCCGAACACGGUGCUUCGGCGUUGUUCGUCGUAGCCCCCCAAGUACCGGACGUCGUAUCGGUAGAGGCUCCGGUGGCACCGGUUGACGUUCCCCACGUGCCGGUAGUGUCCGAAGAUCCUGAGCAUGGCGUGUCGCUAGCAGCUCCCCACGUACCGGUGGAAUCCCCACCGGCGGCAGUCACUGUGCCGGUUUGUUCUGUGGUUCCCGUUGCUUCCCAAGUUCCAGUGGUAUCAGUGCUGGUCGUGUCGGUGCCGCUGGUCUGCUGUGUCGUGCCGGUCGCCGUGCUCGUUCCCGCGGCACUGCCCGAAAUGCCCUGAGUAGCGGUCGUGUCUGUCCCCGUCGAGGUUCCCCAGCCUGAAGUACCGGUAGUUCCCCAGUUCGACGUUCCAGUUGUCUCUGCACCGUCUGACGUUUGCUGAGCGGUGCCGGUCGAAGUGGUAUCUGUACCAGAAGUUCCCCAGGUACCUGUCGUAUCCGUCGAGGUUCCCCAAGUGCCGGUCGAGCUCUGGUCACCAGAGCAAGGAGUCUCGGCCGAUGUCGUGCCGGUGUUUGUUCCCCAACCAGCAGUUCCAGUUGUUUGCUGCGAUGUCGUAUCUGUUGAGGUGGUGUCCGUACCUGACGUGCCCCAAGUGCCCGUCGUGCCGGUCGAAGUGGUGUCCGUGCCGGACGUACCCCAGGUGUCGGUCGUGCCGGUCGAGGUGGCGUCCCAGGUACCCGUGGUGUCCGAGUCUCCGCUAGCACACGGCGCCUCAGCAGAGUUUGUGCCCGUGCCAGUGCUGGUUCCCCAGGUGUUCGUGCCGCCAUUGGUAGCAGUGUCUGUUCCAGUGCUGGUUCCCCAGGUGUUAGUGCCGCUUGUGGUAUCGGUCCCUUGCGUCGUGGUGCCGGUGGAGGUGGUCGAAGUAGACGGCGAUGAUGUCGUUGUCGUAUCCGUUGACGUGGUGGAGGUCGUGUCGGUUGCCGGAGAGCUCGCGCUCGUCGUGCUCUGCUGGGUAGCCGAGUCACUCGUCGUGUACGAGUCACCCGAUGAGGUGCUCGUAGUGACACCAGUUCCCGUGCCGGCCGCCUUCAGGUUGCGGAGAGCGUUGCUCUGACGGACCACAGUGUUUGAGUGGGUAGUCACGGCGUCAGUGGCGACCAAGGCCAGCGACAGCAAAGCGAGGUGUGCGAAGAUCUUGCUGAGGUUCAUCCUGGAAGUGUGAGGUGCUGCUGAAUGGAGCUAGUGGCGGAGAUUUACAAGCUCAGGUGCUCGGGUGUGAAUGUUUGGCUUGCUGGGGGCGAAGCAAAUUCAAGAAUGAUCGAAUAGGACACAACUUUUGAGCAGCCUUCCUUCAUCUUCCUCAUCCUGCCGGGCUUAUCCAUUCCAAGCCACCAGAGUGCAUCAAAGUACUAUGAAGUUCACCCCCGCCGGGAGACGGAUUGAGUCCAUUGUGAUCAUCCUUUGCAGUGAUAUGCUAUGAGACUUUCAGCUGUAGGAUAAAUCUACGGUUGAUUCAGAAGUCAGCAUAACCCAAGGUACUGUGAAGGACGCGGAUUUCCGGUCUACUGGUUAUUGCAACGCGAAUGAGGUGGGGUGUCUCCCGUUUCAUAGCAACUGUGUCACACAGUGUGCGGGUGGCAGAUGUGUGCAUGAAGUCUCGCAGUUGUUAGCACACCACCUGCUUACAUCCUGGUAAUCGCCUAUCGAGGCAAGAGGCGUUUGGAAUCGAUUCAGAUUGGCGCAUGGGAACACUGUGCUCAUGAAGAUAGCAAGGUCCAUCUUGAAAUUUGCGCCGCGUACGCUAUCUUUUCAGUGUAAAGGACCUUAAAGGAUCAUCGACAAAUAAAUUUUUCCAAAAAGUGCUCGUGUCGACAUGAACGCUAGUGUUCUGUUAGGAUCCCAUGUGGAGAGGUGGGCCCCCUG